CUACAGUACACUCCCUGACGUCACAGCACAGCUAAAGCAGCUCGCAAAAGCAAAUUCAUAGACGCACAGAUCUGACGGCUCUCCUAUCGCUCUGCAGCGAGCACCACUUGCUUGCGGCACGUUUGAGUUCGACGUUCGCGGCUAAUUCAUUGAUACUGCUUGCCUGACAAGUAAAACUUCAUUAUAGUUAAUCUACGAAUACUAAUAACGAUCGAAUAAUGGGCUUGUUUUUAAAGCUUCGGUUUCGCAGUCUUGCGAGAUUUGGCAACACUUUUUGCCCAGCGCUGCUUCAUGUUAACGCAGGCAGUGAGCACCUGUUGUAGUGUUGGUUGUUGCAGCGUAGGCUGCUUAUUCGCUUCAAAAGCAUCUUUAAGAAACGUGAAUGGAUUUCUGCCUUUCUCUGUGUAGGCUAGUUGCUUACGCGAGAUUUAAUGUUUCUGCUUCAGACUAAUUUUGAAUCCUGGUGGUUUUUAAAUAAGCUUUAUAUUACUUCAUUGAGGCCACUCAGCUGUGAAGUAAAAUGAGAGUGUUUAUUUGGAUCUUAUGGAGUGUCAUCUUCAUCAGCGGUGUGUCUGAUGCUGCUGCAGAUGAAGUGUCAGUGAUGGAGGGAGAAUCUGCCACUUUGAACGCUGGAAUUGUAAAAACACAAAAAGACAGAAUAAGAUGGUAUUUUAAUGGCAGUCGCAUCGCUGAACUCAAUGGAGAUCAGGUGAAGAUCUGCGUAGAUGAUGUGUGUCCUGACAGAUUUAGAGGCAGACUGCAGCUGGACAAUACAUCUGGAUCUCUGAUCGUCACAAACACAAGGAAGACAGACUCUGGACUGUAUCAGCUGCAGAUUAACAGCCGUAGAACAGAAAAGAAAUUCAUCUUGUCUGUCCAGGGUGCCCUUGGUGCUGAUACACCUGAAUCGUCAGUGUCUGUAAUGGAGGGAGACUCAGUCACUCUGUGCACUGGUGUUCAAACAAACCAAAGCAACAGAAUUAAGUGGUAUUUUUAUACUGAUCGCAUUGCUGAAAUAAUAGGCUAUCAGCAUAAAAUCUGCACAGAUGAUACCUGUCCUCAGAGAUUCAGGGACAGACUGAAGCUGGACAGUCAGACUGGGUCUCUGACCAUCAUGAAGGUCAGCACUGAGGACUCGGGACUUUAUACAUUCCUCCACCGUGGCAGAGAAAAGAUCUUCAGGGUUGUUAUUCUUGCAUUAAAGAACUUGAAGCAGAAAUCAGCGACAGAGGGAGAAUCUAUCACUUUAGACACUCCUAUUAAAACAACUCCAAAUGAUGUGCUGAAGUGGUACUUUGGCGAGAUUCUCCUUGCUGAAUUGACUGGAGGUGCGAGUCAGAUCUGUGAAGAUGCUCAGUGUAAAGAUGGAUUCAGAGACAGACUGAAGGUGAAUCAUUCAUCUGGAUCUCUGACCAUAAUGAACAGCAGUAAAGCAGAUUCUGGAGAAUAUACACUACUGAUCAACAGCAGCAGCUUCUACAUCAAUGGGAGCUUCACGGUCUCUGUUGCUUCUGUUUUAGGACUAUCCUUAAGUACAGGAAUUGGAAUAUGUGCUGGUGUGCUGCUGGUGCUGCUGACGGUUGGUGCUACAGCUUUUUACUUUACCAUAAAAAUGGUAAAAAAAAGGUCAAAGGAUAAAGUAAAACCAUUUACUUUACCAUGUGACAAUCGACCAAGAGAUCAGGGAAAAAGCAAACAAGUGAAUGGCAACGGAAUGAAGCAAAUAAAUCAGAUAGAUGAGACAGACUUUCAACCAACUAACUUUGCCACUGAAUCAUUCCAUGUUGAAGAAGAAACUCGUUCGACUACCUCUUCCAAUCAAACAUCCAAUAAUCAAGAACAUAUACCAUUUAUAGAUGAAGAACCGGAGGAUGAGUAUAAACCAGGCAUACCAGUUAUACAGCCAGAAAAGGGUGUCAUACUUGAGUAGCGCAGAUCAUUUUUAUAUCGAGUUUUAAAUAAUGCUGAUUACAUGACCAAAGACUGCACAGACUGUUCUUUGAGAUUUUAUUUAUUUUGUCUGUUGUUGUUUAUCUGUGGUUCUUCUAUGAUGGUGGCUGAAUAAAUCUGAGCUGCUUGAGCAUGAGCACAUGAGGGUGGGACAUCAGUGCCAAACAGCCAAUCAAAUCGAUGGGAUUAGGUCAUAGGUAUGAGCCCUUCUGAAUGAAAGAUGCUUUUUUUGACACAAAACAACUUUCUAAAGUGUUUUGAGUGCCUGAAGUGUUCAUUAGUUUUACCCUUCGAAAUCUGCCGUUCUGAAGACCCUUUGGAAGUGGUCAGCACUUUGGUUUGGAAUAACACUUCAAUAUGGCGGCCAUGAACAUCACUUCAUACUGACACUGCUGCUUUAGCUGAAGCACUUUGUUAACGACUACUGUAGAACAACCAGCACACUGCCUUUAGUCAGACAAAAGAAAAAAAGUUGGUCAAGACUGCUCAGGGACCAAACUUUUUAAAGAUCAUGUUAAUGUUACAUCGCACACUUCCUGACUGAUCGAUAAUUUUGUGUACACUUUUUAUUAACUUUUUAAAAUGUAACUGUUUACUAAAUGUAUUAAUCUUGUUUGUAUGGGUGCUGGAUAUGUGACCUUUUUAAUCGAGGUUUUAGGUUAAACUUUGAAAAGGGCUUUGAGUUUUGUUUGAAAAUGAAAUGAUCUUACUAAAUAGGCAAUACUCACCCUCUUCAGCUGUAUCAGGGGCCAACAAUUACUCUGGCUACUGUUAAGUUUUACCACACUUGUAAAGUGCUGGAAAGCAUUUGAGAUGUGCUUGAUUAAGUGCCUAAAUCUGACCUCAGAAAAGGUGAAAGAUUCCUGAUUGUUUACACUUGCCAGUACCUGUAAAUGGCAACUAGAAAAGUGCAACAAGCAAGCAGAUUAUUUACUGGAGCUGCCAAGUUUGUCACUGUCUAACUGUAUAUAAAAAGAAAAAAAAAGUUUUGUUAACAAUAUUCCUGACAACUGUGAUGAUUGUGGUGAUGGAGAAAAUUUGUUUUUUUUUUUUUUUUUUUUUUUUUUUUGUUUAUUGAUGACAUAUAAGGGUAAAUCAGUUCACUUUAAGAUUAAAGCGGUUUAAAAUGACCAAAAAUAUUAGAAAUAACUAAGGUAAUAUUGAAUCACUAAAAGACAUUUAUAGACUGUUGAAUGCGGUUUAAAAUUACCAAAAAUAUUAGAAAUAACUAAGGUAAUAUUGAAUCACUAAAAGACAUUUAUAGACUGUUGAAUGCUGUUCUUGACAAUGUGUGUUUCGCAGGUUCAAAAUGUUGCGUCUUUUUGUGGUAACCAACACAAACCUUUUUUGUAUUUUGUUUUUGAAAUUAUUUGCAGCAUUACUUGUUUAAAACACUUUCGAUUAAUUUCAAACUUUGCCAAAACACUUUAGAUAUAUUUUACUGUAUACAUUUUUAUAAAUUUUGCCAGUUGCCAACAAAUGAAUGUGUCUCUAUGGACCUCUGCUGGACGGUAAAUGUACAGUCUGUUAAUAAAAGUUUAUCGACUGUUAAA